CUACUCUCUCUCUCUCUCUCUCUCUCUCUCUCUCUUGAUUUAACUUACUCAAUGGGUCUGAUCACAUACACUUGACAGCGAUUUGCGACCUAAUUUGAAGGUUUGCAAUUAAAAACAAUCGUUGUCGGCUGCAGAAGAAUGCGCAGGUACCGCGUUACCCCGACGAUCUGCAAUGCAGGCUCGCUGAACGGCUCUGGUGACGGAGACACCAGCACGUCGUCGGAUGUUCCCCGUCUCAACCUAAAACCUCGCAAUCUGUUCCUAGUUAUCUUCAAUCGUAUGAGUUCGGCGCUUCACCGUCAUAACGAGCUGGGGGUCAAACAAAAAACUUUCUGGCGUAAUCGCCGUUGCCAACCGCUUUAUGAAGAGCAUGCUGAGGAAAACUGGCAGCUAAGUAACUUAAAGAUCGGCGAUCCGCUCGGACAGGGGUCUUUUGGCACUGUUUUCCAGAUCAAAACAAGGGACAAUGCCACUGUUGCGGCGAUCAAAUGCAUAAAGAAGAAUGUAUUGGAUGGGGAACGCGAGCUACUGCGUGUCAAGAGUGAGUUCUCAUGUUGGCGUGCGUUAUCUGGACAUCCUAAUGUCAUUCGCCUCAUUGCCUUUCUUGAAACGGAGAGCCAUUGGUGCUUUGUGAUGGAGUAUAUCGACCUUGGUAGUCUGAGUCAAGUUCUUCGUUCUAAUGACAUACAACUGACGCGCUCCCAAAUUCGUCGCAUCGCUGCUCAGCUUUGUCAUGCCGUAUCUACCGUGCAUGCAGCUGGAUACAUCCAUCGGGAUAUUAGUUGUUCAAACGUAAUGCUAACGUCUCGAUUGGAUGCAAGGCUUAUAGAUUUCGGACUUAGCACCAAAGGACACGUCGGGCAGAAUAGAUGCGGCAGUCUCGCUUACAUGGCUCCUGAAGUCUUGCGGAAGCGUCCUGGCGGAUGUGGUUCAGACUGGUGGUCUGUAGGUAUUGUAUUAUUUGCCAUGCUCAUGGGAAAAACUCCACUGGCAAUACAUGCAUAUAAGAAGAAAAUUGAUCUGGCCGUUGUCUCAAGAGAUAUUAGGUUCGCCUUGGCCAGAGCAACUCCAAUCCGUAUUAGCCGACGACUCAAGCCUGAAGAGAAAUCCUUACUGAUUGAUAUUUUGAGAGAGGACCCAAACGAACGCCUGGGAGCUCGAAACAAUAUGGAUUUUGACGAGAUCAAACGACACGAGUUUUUUAAGAACUUCGACUGGAAACCAUUGGAUUGUGCCCGCGCGACCAUUGUAGCGCGAUUAGCCCGGAAAAGGCUUCGAGCCAACCCUGUAGCACCAGAACGGCGUUAUCUGGAGCUAGAGUGACUGUAUGAUGCCAGACAUGAUUUUGUAGUUAGUGAUGCGAUGACCAAGCUCGAAUCAACCAGAAGCUAUAACCGUAUAAAGUAUCGUAAUAGAUAUACAAUAUAAUCAAGUGAAGUAUAAAAUUUACCAUGUUAUAUUGCGAAUGCUCCUUGGCAUUCUUUUCAUAAACAAGAAAAAGCGUUAUUAUUGCAAGUUCUGAAAAGCCUACUUGCACAAAGAACAUAGAGCCGUGAUAA